CAACAAGGAGGAUGCUGCAUCCGCGGGACUGUUAUCGUUUUCUGGGGCCAUGCAAAACAUUUUUUUAAUGUACAAGACAGGAUGAUCCCCAGCUCUGAUUAAGGAUUUCCACCUUAUUGCUGGUACCGAAAAUGCAGGUCCAUCCUUCAGUCUGAUAUCAUGAAUUUGAUGGUAAUAGUGUAGUUAUUGACAAGCAAAUUGCGUGCAGUUAUUUCUGAACAGCAAAUCUGGUGAAGUUUCAGACAUGCUGCAAGGCUCUGGUAUUUUGGGGCACGACAGGCCCCUGGUCAUCAGGAUAUCAUUCAGCACCUGCGUUGUUGGCACUGUGGGCCUCCCACUGCUUGGAUUAAUAACUUGUGUUUUCAUAUCCUCGGUUUUUCAUUAUGAGGACUCUACUGGUACACAUUGCCAGGUUCCUAAUUACCUGCCAUCCAUCAGUGCCUCAAUAAGCCUGAGUCCUGAGUGCCACAUAUGGCGGUUCUGUAUCGGACUGCACUCAGCACCAAGGCUGCUGGUGGCAUUUACCUACUUCAAAUUCUACAAGACACGUUUUGCCUCUAAGUUCCCUGAGAGUUUGCUGACUUGCCUCAACCUGGCGUUUUCCCUUUUCGAAAACCUCGGCCUCUUGCUCCUCACAUAUGUGUCAUCUAGUGAGACAUACUUUGUACAUAAGGAAGGUUUUGUCCUCUUCAUUGUCAGUUCCAUUAUCCACAUGCUCAUAACCUGCCGUUUAUGGAAGACUAUUAAGAAGUAUUCAUUAAGUCCUGAGGAUGCAAAAUCUCACUAUUGGAAAGUGCGCUUCUUACUUCUCAACUUAUCCUUUUGUGCUUUUGCCGGAUUUUUUUUUUGGAAACACAACGUAUACUGUGAAUCAGGGAGUUACACAUUAUUCGCCCUCUUUGAGUAUCUGGUGGUCUUCUCCAAUAUGGCCUUCCAUCUCACAGCAGUUUGGGACUUUAAGAGCAGGGAGGUCAUGGUCAUAUCAUCCUCAGAAGAUAAAGACUUCUGACUAGAAACUCAAGGACUGAGUGCUAAAUGUGCAACCACACAACCACCUGAUGUGAACAGCUUUAAUCCUGCACAAGGGGAAGUGGGAUGAAGGCCUUUUCCAUAUUUCCAUACAGUAUAUUUCCAUAUAUUUCCAUGAUGUACUUUUGUCAAUUGAGUGAACUAAAAGUGCAUUUUCUGCCUCAGUGUCUCAUCAUCCGAUGCCUUGACUCACAUACAGCGACAAAUACAGCACACUAUUUCAUGUUACAUGACGUUUGUACACUGCAAAUAAAAAGUUGUC